AUGACCGAUAAGCGCAAGGUGAAAAAGAAAAGCUUUCAUGAUGAUGAGCUAAAUGCCGGAUCAACCUUCUCAAAUCCCUUCAAAAUUGUGAGCGGAGUUCGAGCUCUAAUAUUAAAAAUACAAUCUGUUGGGAAUGGCGCCCGCGAUGUAUGGAUUUGCCAACAAUCCACUGAUUGGGAUAAUAAUAGAAGUUGGUGGGACAGCUAUACUCCUGCCCUUGAACUUUUGGAAGAAAUUGAAAGAUUCUUAUCUUCAAAUCCAUUUGAGAUCUUAACACUAAUCUUAGAAGAUUGUGUUGGUGCUUCUAAUGGCCUAGUAAAGGUUUUUGAAGCUGCAAGGUUAACAAAAUAUUUAUUUCCAUUGAAAAAAAUGCCUCGAAAUGGUGGAGAUUGGCCAUCAGUCAAGGACAUGGCUGCUGCUAAUCAAAGGCUAAUUGUCUUCACUUCAAACAUAUCUAAGGAGGAAAGUGAAGGAAUUGCUUACACCUGGAAUUUUAUGGUUGAAUGCAAAUGUGAGAAGAUUGACAAACAAUACAUUUAA